AUGGUGUCUACAGAAGAACUCGAUAACUGGAUUCGGGUCAUCGAGUACAUUGCGAAAUUCAAACCCGAGCUCUGGAUGCUUCACGAUGUGUUUGAAAUGGGACCGAAGGAGCUUCCUGAGGAUCUAGGUGAACAGACCAAUGAGAUGGUUGCUUUCAGAUGCUUAGCCUCUUUGUUUGACACUUCCACUUCUAAAGAUGUUUCUUCUGCUUCUGAUUCUAACUCAAAGAUUGAGUUUGAUUCUUCCCAGACCUGUGAACAUGUACUUCAAUGUAUCUUAGAUGAGAUACCCUUGUCUGAGCUGAAACCAGGUGCACCGGGACUGUCUAAGUGGAAUGUUCUGCCUUUUAUCAAAAGCAAGCUCCUUUGUUUGCCCAAAUGUGAUUUGGAACUGAUGCUUGAAACAUACAAUGAGAUGGAGGCUGAAGUGUCGCCUUCUCAAGAGGAAGAGGGUAUGAGAGUUGAUCAAGUUACAUCUCCAGUGACUGAUCCAGAACCACUUGAUCAUGGCCCUGGUGAUGGAGCUGAUGAGAUUAGUAGAUCCCAUGGCCCUGAUGGAGCUGAGAUUAGUAGAUCACAGGGGUCUCUUGAAAAGGGAAGUGAUGGUAAUGUGUCAAGUCCUUCAGAGAAUAUUUACAAGUGUAUUCAAUGCAAUGAGAGUGGGAAGCUCUUGUUUUGCUCUAGGGAAGGGUGUACAGUCAUGGUUCAUGAGAAAUGUGUUGUGGAUUCGCCGCCUGUUUAUGAUGAUGCUGGAAACUUUUACUGCUCUGUGUGUGCUUUAAGCUGUGUUUCAGAUGAGUAUGUCCAGUCUCAAGAGGAAGUUGCUAAAGCAAAGAAGAAAUUAGUUUCGUUUCUUAGUCUAAUGUCAAAGGUUAACGAGAAGAAAAGUCUUUGA